AUGUCCACAGAACCAUGCUCUAUAUGCAUGGAAAACGAAGCCAAGUACACUUGUCCAGCAUGUAACACAAAGACAUGUCUGGUUGAAUGUGUGAAAAGACACAAGCUUCGGCUGGAAUGCAGUGGAGAAGUCGAUCCUACUAAGUUCGUCCCUAAUAAGGUAUUGAGCUCUAGCCAGGCACUUGUCAACCGAGACUAUAAUUAUCUUCUAAAUUUUGAAAGGAAGGUUUUGUUAGGAAAAUCAGAUAUCAAAGCAAAUGCUCGGAAUGUGUUCAAAAGAAACUUCAAUGCCUCCAACAUUACCAAAAGACAAAAGCCCAACCCCGACAAUACAGAUCCAAGAACAGAGCAAGUCAACAAAGUGUUUCCAAACUUUCCACAAACAUCAAUUAGGCGAGAGAAUACCAUGGUCAUCCACCUCCCAUCAGGAAUGUCAAGAAGCAUACAGAACAAAUCGGGCUUCGAUAAGAAGGCCGGAUCGUAUAUCUGGACUGUGGAAUGGGUCCCUGUAGACUCCAAUGGAGUCGCUAAAAAGAGCUUCAUUAGUUUUCGCUUGAAAGAAGGCACUAUUUUGCGAGAUUCGGUCCCACUCAAUGUGUUGCAGAAUGCGGUUCCAGAGGAAGGUUUUGUAAAAGAAAAACUCCAUUUUUACCUUGAAAAUUGCAUCAAAUCGUCCUCGAAAACUCGCUCAAUAAUAAAAUUGAACCCUGAUGAGACUAUUGCCUCUGCUCUUGCAGACAAGGUAGUGCUUGAGUAUCCUAAGAUAUUUAUAAUCUGCGAUGAAACUACCUGGGAGGAAUUUAAUCAAGACAAGGAUGAGGCUUACAACAUUAAAAAGGAAGAGCUGGACCCGAGCAGCAGUGAUGACUCGUCAGAUUCGGAUUCAGAUUCAGAUUCGGACUCAGACUCAGGUGACAAUGACAGCGACAGUGACAGCGACAGUGACGAGGCUCCAGAGGAAGUGUCAUCUAAAAUGGUUCUAAAAGAUGACGAAAUUAUAACCUUCGACUCUGGAAUAUCCAGUAGGAAUGUCCCUGAAGCUUCUCAUGCUAUUACAAUCACAGAAGGUACGCUGACUACCACAGACAUGGGCAAUAUCCUGGACGUUCUGGCUUAA